UCGCUGAGUCAGUCCUCUUUGUGCCUUGGUGACUCCGACUCGGCUCUGUCUGUCUGUCUUCUGAGCACAAGCACGAGUGCAAGUCACUUCUUCCUUUGCUCAACCAGCAUCUGGCACUCCUCCAAGAUGCAUUCUCUCAGCUCAAUCGUCCUUGUCGCGGGCUUGUUGUCGGGCACAAUAGCUUCAUCCGCGCACCCAGACGCCGUCGUCCCGCGAGCAUAUCCCAAUGCCCCAGAUGGCUACGCUCCUGAGAACGUCACUUGCCCUGAAAACCGACCGACCAUUCGCAGUGCCGCCAAGCUGUCUGCCAACGAGAGCUCAUGGCUGCCGCUCCGUCGCAACAAUACCGUGCAAGCCAUGAAAGAUUUCUUCGGGCAUGUCAACAUUAGCAACUUCGAUGCCGCAGGCUACAUCAAUAAGGUCUCGGGGAGUGCUACCGAUCUUCCCAAUAUCGCCAUUGCUGUCUCCGGUGGUGGUUAUCGCGCCAUGCUGACGGGUGCCGGUGCCGUGAAAGCGUUCGAUAGCCGCACGUCCAACAGCACCUCCAGCGGCCAGCUGGGCGGAUUGUUGCAGAGUGCGACGUAUAUUGCUGGUCUGAGUGGUGGUAGUUGGCUGAUGGCAUCGAUAUUCGUCAACAACUUUACUACCAUUGACGCUUUGCAGGCUGACACUACUGGUCAAGCAUGGCAACUGGAUCAAUCGAUCGUCGAGGGACCAAAGGGGAUGAGUACUCUGUCGUAUUACAAUACCAUUGCUGAUCAAGUCCAUGCCAAGUCAAAAGCGGGCUAUAACAUUACCAUCACUGAUAUCUGGGCGCGGAUGCUGUCCUUCCAGUUCAUCAACGCGACUGAUGGUGGUCCCAGUUACACCUGGUCUUCACUUGCUCUAGACCCUAAUUUUGUCAAGGGUAACACCCCGAUGCCACUGGUGGUUGCCGAUCUUCGCAAUCCAGGCGAAACAAUUAUAGGCAGCAAUUCGACGAUCCUUGAAUUCAGCCCGUGGGAAUUCGGAUCGUGGGAUCCAACUGUUUAUGCGUUUGCGCCCUUGCAGUAUUUGGGUUCGCGGUUCAAUGGAGGAGUCAUUCCUCAGGGUGUGAGCUGUGUUCGCGGCUUUGAUAACGCGGGUUUCACAUUUGGCACCUCGUCCUCCUUGUUCAACGAGUUCCUCACCGAGUACAACAUUUCCAGCCUGCCCAGCGUUGCCGCCGGCCUCCUUACGGGUCUGGCAAAAGACCUCGGCAAGAAUGAUGAGGAUAUUGCGAGCUACAUCAAUCCAUUCUAUAAUUACACUGCCAACGACGGUAUUUUCGCCAAUGAUAAAAACCUUAACGUCGUUGAUGGAGGCCUCGACUUGCAGAACAUCCCGCUCUAUCCUCUCAUCCAACCGGAGCGUAACGUCGACGUCAUCUUUGCUGUAGAUGCAUCGGCUGACACUGACAAUCACUGGCCGAACGGAACCAGUCUGGUUAACACCUACGAGCGCAGCCUAAACACUUCCGGCAUUGCCAAUGGCACUUCUUUCCCCGCCGUCCCAGACCAGAACACCUUUGUUAACCUCGGCCUCAAUACCCGUCCUACAUUCUUUGGAUGCAACAGCUCCAAUACCACCCAUCCCACGCCUCUUGUCGUCUAUCUGCCCAACUACCCCUACAUCAUGGACUCUAAUAAGUCCACCUUCGACCUUCAAUACAACACAUCUGAUCGCGACAACAUGAUCCUCAAUUCGUACGACAUGGUGACCAUGGCCAACUCCACUCGCGAUAAGAACUGGUCUACAUGCGUUGGCUGUGCGAUGCUCAGCCGCUCUUUCGAGCGGACUAACACCACUGUCCCCGAUGUGUGCAAUAGCUGCUUCAAGACAUACUGCUGGGACGGUACGAGAAACAGCACCACCCCUGUGGCCUACGCGCCGAGCUUUAAUUCGACAACUGUGAAUGCCGGACUAUUGUCAUCGCAACCAAGCGCGUCGCUGGUGUUGACGCUGAGUGUCGCAGCGAUAUUUUUGUCACUCUAGAUGGCAUGAUUAAUUGCCACGACAGAUGCGAUUUUGGUGUGGUGAUGUUUUGUAUAGUUCU